GAUUGGGAGAAGAAGAUGCGGCUGAGCGGCCGGCACGAACCGACUGCUUAACGAGCAAACCUUAGUCAUAGGUUUCCACUUGCCUUUUCUUUUUUUAGUUUCUUGCCAAAUUUGCUGCUUGAUGUCGAAUUUGAACAGGAGCAGCGAAUGAACUGAUAAGCUGUAAGGGCAGAAGAAGAAGAGGGGGAGCGAAACAGUUGCUGACAGGAGUUGGGCAUCAUAUUGCCACCGGAUGUCAUUAUACGCUUUUAUAUAUCGAGGACUGUAAUCUAGACCAAAGGCAGAGCCAUGGAGGUUGUAACGCAUCUUGUGAAUGACACUGUAGAGUUUUACAAAUGGAGCCUUACUAUAGCAGACAAGAGGGUUCAGCACUGGCCCAUGAUGUCCUCUCCCUUCCCUACUCUGGCUAUCAGCUGCCUGUACUUGAUCUUCCUGUGGGCAGGACCUAAAUACAUGCAAGAUCGCCAGCCCUACACACUCAGGAAGACCCUCAUAGUCUACAACUUCAGCAUGGUGGUCCUCAACUUCUACAUCGCCAAAGAGAGGGUUCAGCACUGGCCCAUGAUGUCCUCUCCCUUCCCUACUCUGGCUAUCAGCUGCCUGUACUUGAUCUUCCUGUGGGCAGGACCUAAAUACAUGCAAGAUCGCCAGCCCUACACACUCAGGAAGACCCUCAUAGUCUACAACUUCAGCAUGGUGGUCCUCAACUUCUACAUCGCCAAAGAGAUAGCCUCGGCUCUUUGGUGGUACUACAUCUCCAAAGGAGUGGAGUUCCUGGACACUGUCUUUUUCAUACUGAGGAAGAAGUUCAACCAAGUCAGCUUCCUCCACGUCUACCAUCACUGCACCAUGUUCAUCCUCUGGUGGAUUGGAAUCAAAUGGGUUCCCGGUGGACAAUCAUUUUUUGGUGCAACCAUCAACUCUUCCAUUCACGUCCUCAUGUACGGGUAUUAUGGCUUGGCUGCCUUGGGACCUCAGAUGCAGAAGUACCUCUGGUGGAAGAAAUACCUCACCAUAAUCCAGAUGAUCCAGUUCCACGUAACCAUCGGCCACGCCGGCCACUCCCUCUACACCGGCUGUCCGUUCCCCUGCUGGAUGCAGUGGGCUCUGAUUGGCUACGCCGUCACCUUUAUCAUCCUCUUCGCCAACUUCUACUACCACGCAUAUCGACGCAAGCCUGCCUUUUCUCGGAAAGGAGGGAAGCCCAUAACAAACGGCUCCUCUGUGGUGGCUAAUGGUCAUAGCAAAGUGGAGGAAGAGGAGGAGGACGAUGAGGAGGACAACGGAAAGAGGCAAAAGAAAGGAAGAGCGAAAAGGGAGUAAAGCAGGAAACGGGGCUUGCUUUGCGAAAAGCAGACAGUUAUUUUAUGGGCCAGAGAAAGAGGGAGGGGAGGGAUAAACAGAGUUCAAACCAGACGAUCAUCCCUGCAAAUAAAGUGGAUGGAUGUGAUUAGGGACCAACUUGAUGAAGUGAAUGGUUAGCAGUGUGUGUUCACUGGGUGUGUCUGUAAAUGGUUCUGGUUUUGAGGGAACGAGAGUGUCGGUUGUCUCCACGACAGUUUUCUUUUGUAAUUAAAUCCAGAUAAGAAAAGAAAAUUG